AUGGUGGUAGGCCUUGUAACAGGGGCCUCGGUGUUCGUAGAACUUGAUAUUGGAUACUUUGAAGUAGUUUGGGAAACAGGUUCCAUGGUCUUACUUGAGAUCGGUGUCUCUGUGGUUACUGGCAGCAUAGUGUUGGUAGAGCUUUCCACGGUGGUCAAGGCCGAGGAUGAUACGGGGCAUUCCGAGGUAGAAGUUGUCUCUGGAGCCACAGAAGAUGUGGACGACUCCGUGGUGGUUGUGGCAGUUGUCUCUGGAGCCACGGAAGAUGUGGACGACUCCGUGGUGGUUGUGGCGGUUGUCUCUGGAGCCACGGAAGAGGUGGAUGAUUCAGUGGGCAAUUCUGUUGUGGUCGUGGUCGUCUCUGGGGCCACAGAAGAGGUGGAUAAUUCAGUGGACGAUUCCGUGGACGAUUCCGUGGACGAUUCUGUGGUCGAUAUGACUUCAGAUGUGGUGGCUUCCGUUGUGGUUGUGGUGGUCUCGGGGGCCACGGAAGAGGUGGACGAUUCAGUGGUGGUCGUGGCAGUCGUCUCCGGAGCCACGGAAGAGGUGGACGACUCGGUAGAAGAUUCUGUUGUGGUCGUAGUCGUUUCGGGGGCUACGGAAGAGGUGGAAGAUUCGGUAGAAGAUUCCGUGGAUGAUUCAGUGGUGGUCGUGGCAGUUGUCUCUGGAGCCACGGAAGAGGUGGACGACUCGGUAGAAGAUUCCGUGGAUGAUUCAGUGGUGGUCGUGGCAGUUGUCUCUGGAGCCACGGAAGAGGUGGACGACUCGGUAGAAGAUUCCGUGGAUGAUUCCGUGGAUGAUUCUGUCGUCGUCAUGGAAGUCGUCUCUGGGGCCACAGAAGAGGUGGAAGAUUCAGUGGAAGAUUCAGUGGAAGAUUCUGUUGUGGUCGUAGUCGUCUCGGGGGCUACGGAAGAGGUGGACGACUCCGUGGUGGUUGUGGCUUCGGAUGUAGUGGCUUCAGAUGUGGUGGCAGUUGUUUCGGGGGCCACGGAGGAGGUGGAAGUUUCAGUAGAAGAUUCAGUGGACGAUUCUAUGGUUGUCGUGGCAGUUGUCUCUGGGGCCACAGAGGAGGUGGAAGAUUCCGUGAUUGAUGUUGCUUCGGAUGUGGUUGCUUCGGAUGUGGUGGCAGUUGUUUCGGGGGCCACAGAGGAGGUAGAAGAUCCAGUAGAAGAAUUCGUAGACGUUUCCAUGGUUGACGUGAAUCCAGAUGUGGUCGUGGUUGUCUCAGGGGCCACAGAAGAGGUGGACGAUUCCGUGGUUGAUGUGGCUUCGGAUGUGGUGAUGGUCGUCUCGGGGGCUACAGAAGAGGUGGAAGAUUCUGUGGGCGAUUCAGUGGACGACUCGGUAGUAAAGGUGGACUCAGAAGUAGAUGAUUCAGUUGUCGUCGUGGUUGUCUCGGGGGCCACUGAAGAGGUGGACGAUUCCGUGAACGACUCGGUAGUUGAGGUAGGCUCAGCUGUGGUAGUAGUUGUAUCUGAGGCCACAGAAGUUGUCGAUGAUCCCGUGAUUGAAGUCGACGAUUCAGUGGAUGAUCCAGUGGAUGAUUCAGUGGACGAUUCCGUCGUCGUCGUGGGCUCGCUCGUUGUGGUAGCAGUUGUCUCUGAAGCCACAGAUGAACUAGAUGUUUCAGUGCUGGUAAUAGAUAGUUCGGUAGUCGAGCUUGACAACUCAGAGGUCGAGGAUGACUCUGGAGCUACAGACGAUGUGGAAGAUUCGCUGGACUCUGUAGUCACUGUGGCAGUUGUUUCCGGAGCUACAGAAGAGCUGGAUGAUUCUGUGGAUGAGGCGGACGAUUCAGAGGUCGUUGUGGUUGUCUCUGGCGCCACAGAUGAGGUGGAAGACUCAGAGGUCGAGGUGGACUCGGUUGUGGUAGUAAUCGUCUCUGGAGCUGUAGAAGAGGUAGACAAUUCGGAAGUGGCAGAUGAGGUAGUGCCAGAGGUCGAGGACGACUCUGUGACUAUAGAAGAAGUGGAAGAUUCGGUGGUCGUGGUGGAUGACUCUGGAGCUAAAGAAGAGGUAGAUGUCUCAGAGGUUAAUGAUGAUGACUCGGAUGUCGAAGUAGGCGUCUCGGUGGUUGUAGUAGGUAACUCCGAGGUUGAGCUUGAUAAGUCGCUAAUCGUAGACGUAGACAAGAUAGUCGAUGUACUGCUAUCCGAGGUCGAAAGGGACGUCGAUACUGUAAUAGACGCUGUUGUAUCUGUGCUUGACUCUGAAGUGGAAGUAGACAAUAUAGUCGAUGUACUACUAUCCGAGGUCGAGAAAGACGUCGACACCGUUAGAGAUGCUGUUGUGUCUGUGCUUGACUCUGAAGUCGACGUAGACAAGAUAGUAGAUGUGCUACUAUCCGAGGUCGAGAGAGACGUCGACACCGUGAGAGACGCUGUUGUGUCCGUGCUUGACUCUGAAGUCGAAGUAGACAAGAUAGUCGAUGUGCUUGACUCUGAAGUCGAAGUAGACAAGAUAGUCGAUGUGCUUGGCUCUGAAGUCGAAGUAGACAAGAUAGUCGAUGUGCUACUAUCCGAGGUCGAGAAAGACGUCGACACCGUUAGAGAUGCUGUUGUGUCUGUGCUUGACUCUGAAGUCGACGUAGACAAGAUAGUAGAUGUGCUGCUAUCUGAGGUCGAGAGGGACGUCGAUACUGUAAUAGACGCUGUGGUGUCCGUACUUGACUCCAGAGUCGAAGUAGACGUGGAUAAUAUAGUCGACGUGCUGCUACCUGAGGUCGAGAGUGACGUCGAUACUGACGUCGAUACUGUAGCAGACGCUGUCGUAUCCGUGCUCUCGACCGUAGACGUAGACGUAGACAAGAUAGUCGACGUGCUGCUAUCUGAGGUCGAGAGGGACGUCGAUACUGUAAUAGACGCUGUGGUGUCCGUACUUGACUCCAGAGUCGAAGUAGACGUGGAUAAUAUAGUCGACGUGCUGCUACCUGAGGUCGAGAGGGACGUCGACACUGACGUCGAUACUGUAGCAGAAUCUGUCGUAGCCGUGCUUGACUCUAUAGUUGAAGUAGAUGUGGACAAUAUAGUCGACGUGCUGCUGUCCGAGGUCGAGAGGGACGUCGAUACUGUGAUAGAUACUGUAGCAGAAUCUGUCGUAGCCGUGCUUGACUCUAUAGUUGAAGUAGACGUGGACAAUAUAGUCGACGUGCUGCUAUCCGAGGUCGAUAGGGACGUCGACACUGAUGUCGAUACUGUAGCAGACUCUGUCGUGUCCGUGCUUGGCUCCAGAGUAGAAGUAGAUAAGAAAGUUGACGUGCUACUACCCGAGGUCGAGAGUGAUGUUGAUACUGUGAUAGAUGCGGUUGUGUCUGUACUCUCAACCGUAGACGUAGACGUAGACAAAAUUGUUGACGUGCUACUAUCCGAGGUCGAGAGAGAUGUCGACACGACAGUAGUAACCGAGGAUUCUUGUCUUUUCACGUUCCUCCUGACAGGGAUCGCGCUUGCAAAACCGCCAACGCUGUUGAAAACUUCAGACCCGUAUGUAGGACGUCCUUGA